AUGAACAUCACUGAAGCUGGUGGUAAUAACACCACACCUCAUACUCGUGCUGCUAAACCUCAAAGAAGACUUGGUAUAUCUAUACCAAGAACUCGCUCAUCGAGCGAACCCAUUGGAAGCAAACGAAAACUGGAAUCGUGCGUCAUUUGCUUUGAGAUCUGUCCCUCUCCAAGUCUCAUGAAACCUGAUGGCUGCGAUCAUGCUGUAUGUGAUAUCUGCCUUCGUGCUUACUAUCAAACCGCCUUGAACGACACCCGCUAUCAUUCAUUCGAGUACAUUCAAUGUCCUAGCACUGAUUGUGAAGCUCUCUUUGUAUCUGAAAAGGCUAUCCGGAACAUCUUUACCGCAAAGCAGCGAAAUGACUGGUGGACAACUGCUACGAUAAAGACAUUUAUUAAAAACAAGGUGGAAUGUCCUUUUGGGGAUUGCAAAGCUGUCUUUGAUGCAGAUAUCGAGUUGACAAAAAAAUGCACUUUUGCUGAAUGCUAUGAGUGCCGCAGAGGUGUAUGCACUGCCUGUCAAAGUCCCUGGCAUCCAGGAGUCAUCAAGAUUGUGGAUGAUGAAGAGGAAUUGAAGCAGACAUUGCGCACGGCCAAGGAGAAAUCUUGGACGCGAUGUCCAAAGUGUCAGUACCUUGUUGAAAGAAAAGUAGGUAGAGGAUCCAAUGCUGUAUUCGUUCUCAUGUUGACUGUGCCCUCUUUUAAGGCCGGAUGUCUUACCAUUUGGUGCAAGUGUGGUACUGAAUUGUGA